GGUCCGAAAGGAGGUGUUCAUGUGUGCGACGAGUGACAAGUUCCUGACCGACUGUGAGAUGGGAGUAACAGCACCGCUGUACGCUAAGAGCAACUUCACACAGACUAUGUGUGAGGAGGUGCACAAGGAAUACCGUGAAAGUGAAGAAUGUCUCCAGUCUCUAAAGGAUAUAGUGGGAUUCUGCAUUUCAUCCAGCAUGAGGCCAGACGCUUCCCAGUCGCUGUGCACAGCGAUGCUCAACACUCAAAACUGUACCCUCGAAGUCGUAAAGACUUGUGGCAUCAACGCCAAGUGGGUGAUCUCAAAGCUCCUACGCAGCUACUUCAAACCCUUUGAGCAAUGGCACGGCUGUCCCUCAACUAUGCAAGACGUGAAGACGCCGAGCCCGACCACCCCAACCACUACAACCACCACCACCACCACCACCACCACCACUACCUCAACAACAGAGUCCACGACUACAAAGAAAGCCACAGAGGAAGAUAAGUCCGAAACAGACUCCUCAGAGACGGAUGGAAAAGCGUCACAAUCAAAAGACACUGGGAACGCAUCAACAAGUGUGACUGCUAGAGGUCCAUUUGUCCUUCUCUUCAGUUGGCUGGCAUCUGUCUAUGUUCCGAUGAAAAUAUUUCCAUUUUGAUGUAAGCCUAUACUUUUGUAAAGGUCUAAGUGAUGUCCCCAUUUGUUUUCCUCUUCAGUUGGCUAGCAUCUGUCUUUGUGUCGAUGAAAAUAUUUUCAUUGUGAUGUAAACUUACUGCUUUGGUAAAGAACUUAAUGAUGUCCCCAUUUUGGAACUUACUAUGCAUAUUCGGGGUCUCCACUCUUUCCAAUUUGUGGAUAGUAGUGACGUAAAAAAACCAAAAAAAACAAAGGCAGCAAAUAUACGCAUUCCAAAAUCAAAAAAGUAAGUGGGAUAAAAGGAUGCUCAAAUAGAGGGUGCAUAACAUAAGAUCAAAAGGUGAGAUAUUCUAAUGAACAAUGGGGUGUCUUAAACAGAUGGACAAAAUAUAUAGAGGAACUUUUCAAAGACAAUAGAGGAGAAAAGCCUGAAAGAAAGAAAGAAAGAAAGAAAGAAAGAAAGAAAGAAAGAAAGAAAGAAAGAAAGAGAGAAAGAAAG